GCCGACGGGGAUUGUUUGUGUACAAAAGUAAACACAGGAAGCUCUUGAUGAAGUCGCAACAAUUCGCCCAUUGCUAACCCACACAGUAUUUCGACCAGACACCAGAGACAACCAUGGUAGCCACACGAGCUAUGGCGGCCAAAAAGGCGCCCGACGUCAAUGACGACAAGGAGAACGGCAGCCAGUUGGCUCUGCGCAAGAAGCCUGUCCGCCGCGCUACUGCAAAGGCCACAACUACAUCAACAAAAGCCUCUACUGCCACAAAAUCCACCGAGCAACCAGCUACUACCAUAUCGACAAGGACGACAUCUGCACCGCCAACAAGAGCAGCAGUAGCGCGCCCGAAACGUCAAACACGCGCCGCCGCAGCACCGACAUCAGAACCGAUACUCGAGCCCGUUCCUAAGAAGACCUCUACAACCCGACGAAAGCCUGCACUUCCAGAAGUCGCAAGGGGAAAAAACUUGAGGUCGCAGAAAUGCGAACUUGAGCCAGAGGUCGAAGCAGAGGCCGAGUCCGAAGCAAAAGAAGAGCAAGAGGAUGACGCCAAAGACAUCUCUCAACCACCAGUCUCAAAAGCUCAGAUCAAGCCAUCUAAAAAGGCUCGAAAGAGUAUUGAGUCCGAGGCUGAACGAGAGUCGGCGUUAGAGCCAGAGCCGGAAGUCGAGCCAGAAGUCGAAGCACAACCCGAGCCGGCGGCAGUGGUACGGUCAGACAGCGAUGUGGAGGUCGAGGAACAAGAGGAAAGCGUACACACAGCUACGCCAAAGCCGAACAAUGGAACAAGCCACCAAGUCCGGAACUUCGAAAGUGGUCAAGAGACUGGACAUGUUCGAGGCCAAGAUGCGGAAGACGAAGAGCAAGGGAACAAGGAGAAGGAUUCUUCCGACGAUGAGAUAUGCGGACCCAAGACGCCGAUGCGUCGUGCUACCAGGAGUCAGAAGGCAUCACGACAAGAGGACACUUUCUCGGCAAGCACACACAAGCACAAAACCCUACAAACUCCUGCACGUCGUCUGCUUGGCCACAGAGCCACUCAAGGUACUCCCCAGACUCAACGACUCCCGCAAAACACUACGCAAGCCGCAUCGCCCCCUCGUCCUAUGACUGUAGCUAGGGCUGCGAACAAGCUGAUGGUUUUCCGUCCCCUGAAGCAGCAAACCCCACGCCCUACUCCGCUGCCAAUCAUCACCGUCAACGUCUUGGACACUCUGGCAGCCGGAGAGGAGACUCAAGACGAAACGGAAUCAGAGCUAGAAGAGUCGAGCGCUGAUGAACUCGAUGCUCAAUUGGAGAGUUGCCAUGAUGACGACAUCAUGAUUAUGCCCACCCCGGCUCGUACCAUCAGAUUUGAAAGUGUGGAAUCUGACUCGGAAGACGAACUUGCUGCUGCUGCCAACCUUCUGGGCGAAGACGACGAGCCUGACGAAGACACCAUUGUGGAAGAGGAUAACAACAAGGAGUCAGACUACAUCGAUCUUCCACAAGACGCGGCUGAUGCCUCUUCGGAGGAAUCAGAUAGCGCUACAGAAGAAACUCAAGUCGACGACAGCAUUCUACCUCAACCACACUUCUCGGCCGAAUUUACCACAUCUCUACCUUCGUCACCAAUCUCUGUCGCUGCGAGUGUCGCACAAAUCGACGUCGAGGACUCGGAACUGCUUUCAUCACCUGCACCUUCGACCCCCGCCUCUGUCAUACACCGUGACUUUGCGGACGUAGAUUCACCUAGCGAGAACACGCCACCGGCAUCAAGACUUUCUCUCGAUGAUAAUGAUCUCCUCUCCUUGAUCGAAGACGAAGGAGCAACCACACCAAAUGUCAACUCGCGUGUGUCAUUCUCAAACACCACAGCCAAGAUGUUGAAGACCCCUCGCAUGCAGUUUGCUCUCGGUGGUCUUGACGCGAACGAGAUUGAUGACAGUCCAUCUGUCACUGUGACCGAACCGGUGCAGAAUGAAGACGACGUGACUAUGACAGUCAAUCCCUCUCAACUAGAAGUCGAUGAGCACGGUAUCAAGUUGUCUUCCAACCUCGAGAACGCUGCCGCGAUUCCUACUCCAUAUCUCGCAACACCAGCCGCCCGCGAGAGGUUGAGCAUGGGUCUGUCUAAAGAACGUAUGAGUCUUCUCAAGGACGAUAUCUUCGACCUGGUCAACUUUGACCAAGCUUCGCCUGCCAAGGAGGAUGUCGAUACGCCUAUCCUUGAUUUGCAGCAUAUUGAAGCAGAUCCCAUGGAGCUGUCAACUCCCGGAUACAGUUCUCGUCGUCAGUCUUAUCUCCCUCAGAACGACUUGACACGGAUUGAGCAAACUGGUAGCGCACGAAGAUCGUCUCUAGCGCCACCGGUAUCUCCGAGCUACGCAAGGUCCAUGUUUGCAUUCGACUCUCGUCGAAAAUCUCUUCCUGCGGCUGGUUUGCAUACCCCAUCAACUGGCGACCUGCGACCUCGAACCGCCGAGACUUCUAUCAAGCCGACUACCAGUGUGUCUUUCGCUAAGCUGUGGGCCAGUAAGCAAAGAAGAUCUUCGGUUCGCAAAUCCUUGCUCGAACACACGAUCCCGGACUUGGCCGAGAUGCAUUCUUUUGUUCCAAAAGAGCAGUCAAACGCCCGCAAACGGGAUUCCAUGUCUUCUCAAAGCCGUCUCAGCACGAUCGAACAUGUUCAAGCGCAAUCAUUUUCCCCUCACGUGCCGUUUUCUGGCGCGAAGCCUAGAAGGCAUACCCCUAGUUCUUCUUACAAAGUACGAAGUGUGGCUCGCAGUCCAUUAAAGACUCGCAGUAGUAGUCGUAGCCCGGUGAAGUUCCGUGGCAGCAGUCGUAGCCCAAUGAAGCUCCGUGACGCCAGCCGUAGUCCGGUGAAGCGCCUAAGAGAAGCACCGCGCACGCCCAUGAAGACGCCACUGAAGGCCGCCGGGUUGGCAACACCAGCCGUUUACCCAAUGACACCUCAUCCAAUGCAGCCUCUGAAAGCUGUUACAGCAUUGGUUGAGGUCUUCACUCUCGACGGAUCAUCUGCUUCAGGCCCUUUCAUCGCCCUUCUCCAGGGCCUGGGCGCCCGCACUACCAAGACCUGGUCUGAUCGUGUCACUCAUGUCAUCUUCAAAGAUGGCUCGCCGGCUACACUGCAAAAAGUGCGUCUCGGCAAUAAAAAUCCCAACAGCAAGAAGGUCUUCUGUGUCAACUCCCGCUGGGUAACAGACUGUGAGCGCAGUGGCACCCGUAUGGAUGAACAAGCAGACAUUUACACUGUUGACCUCAACGAGGUGCCUCGCGGCGGUCGCAGAAGGAGAAAGUCGAUGGAGCCUGCUGCGCUCAGGAAUGUGGAUGGUAACAUCGUCCACAGCAACACUAGCAGUGCAAACAGCAGUGCCAAUCGAAAGAGUGUCAGCUCGAGACAGAGUAUCACCGGUGGUCGACAGAGUAUCAACCUCGUCAAAACCAAUAAAAGUCUUGCUAGAGUGUCUCUAGCAUCCAGUUUCUGGGGCGAUGACUCUCCGGUCAAGAAGACUCCUGGUCGCAAACAAGCCAGAGACUCAUGGGAUGAUGACGAGGAAAUGGCAGAUGCUUUCUUUGAUGAACCGACUGCCAAGUUUGAUGUUUCUGCUUCAUGGGAGGACGAGAGUAGAUGUCAUGAGCAGGCGAGAUAUCACGAAGUUAUGAUUGGUAACCUACGAUACCAAAUUGUCGACAUUCGAAUCAUUAUACCUCUAUUCAUUUUGAACGGGUCCCGAGUAUCGGCAGAUCGUGAAACCAUAGUGUGAUAUCAUCACUGCGUCUCGCCAGCUGCUAUAUCUGGGCCAGGUGUAUCAAUGACUUUAGCUCCCACCAUGCCUUGCACAAUAUUCCU